UUUGCUUUUGUUGUUGUUCUUCAUCAUCGCUUUUAGUUCUCUCAGUGGAGAAGAAGACUCGAGUCAUCUGCAGAAAAGAUUCCCGAUCGGAUUGGAUCAUAUAAGAUUUUAGGGAUUUGGAAAAAAUCUUGAGCUAUGGAGGCGAAUGCGGCGGUGGACGGAACGGGGAAUCCGAUCCCUACGUCGGCGGUUUUAACAGCUUCGGCGAAGCAUAUAGGAAUCAGGUGUAUGCCGGAAAACAUGGCGUUCCUGAAAUGUAAGAAGAAUGAUCCUAACCCAGAGAAAUGCCUCGAGAAGGGACGUGACGUCACUCGCUGUGUUCUUGGCCUGUACGUUUCUUCUACUUCAUUCUCGUUUCAAUUUCUCUACAAGUUCUUAAUUUAGCUGAUCUUAGUCAUAUAACAAUUUUUGGGCUCUUUCUGUUAAAACUUGAUGAAGAUUGAGGAUAAUGUCACAUUGUAGAAUUAGGGGUUUGAUCAUAUAGUUUAAGAAAUGAAGAAUCUUUAGACUUUUUUUGAUGUGGAUUACAGUGUAUUUUUUUAAGACCAUGAACAUACACUAAGCUAAGUUCAUCGAGUUAUGAACAUUUCUAGAACUUGAGUAAUCUUUGUAUAUUAUGGAUCAUGAUCAAAUAUUUGGCCUAUUUGAAAGUAAUUCAUGGCACACUUGUGUUUGUAGGAGCCUUUAUUUCCGUAGAUUGAAAACUGAACCCAAAAGCCCUAUACAACUAGCCAUUUGUUUAGUAUCUAGGAAGCAGUUGUUUGACUCUUGUGUAGUUAGUGAUAUAGUGAUGGAUAUCUUGAGAGUUCACUAACUUUGCGGAGGAUGAUGCAUUGUCCAUAACAAUCUGAAGUUGAGUAGUUUGCAGUUGGUGACUUAGAUUGUUCUUAAAACUGGUGAAAUGAUUGAUAUUGCAGGCUGAAGGAUCUUCACCAGAGAUG